AUGUUUCCCAUUUUCCAGGCUGCAAGGUGUUGUGUGCUAGUUUCACAUUCCUCGUGUAUAUGGGAUGUCAAAAAUCUAUGUUGUGAAAACAUCCAUGAUCCAUCUCUUGCAUGCAUUGCUAGAGGUUGUUCAGGUGGAAUUUCAUUUGCAACAUGCUCUACUGAUGGUACGAUAAGGCUAUGGGAUCUUGCUUUGCGAUCUGAUUUACCAAAAGAUGCUGCAGAGCAUUGCUCUGUAAAGGCUGAGCUAAUGAGUUCUUCAAGUUUAGUAACUACUGGGACUUUCGAACGUGAAGCAGUUGAAGCAGAUGUUGGCAAGCAAGGGUUCCGGUCUCUUGCCACUAGUUCAGAUGGAAAGUAUCUGGCUGCUGGUGAUUGCAAAGGAAACCUUCAUAUAUACAACCUUGAAACAUCAGAUUACACAUGCAUUCAGAGUGCUCAUGGUGCAGAGAUCCUCACGCUGAGCUUCACUUUAUGCGGCCAAGACACAUAUAAAGAAAUCGCCAACAAUAGUUAUUAUCUUGCUUCAGGUGGUAGAGAUUGUAUAAUUAAUCUCUACGAUGUAGGAAGAAAUUUCAAUCUCAUUGACAGUAUUGAUGAUCAUUCGGCGGCAGUGACCUCAAUAAAGAUUACAAGCAACAACUGCAAGAUCCUCAGUUGUAGUGCUGAUAGUUCGCUGGUGCUUCGUGACAUUAGGAUAGCAGAUGCUGAUUAUAAAAUUCUGCAGCAACAUAGUUUAAAGGCUUCGCAUGGAACUGUUUAUGACAUGGAUGUAGAUCAAAGAUUGGGGAUUGUAAUCACAGUUGGGCAGGAUAAGAAGAUAAACACAUUUGACAUUACUGAUCGAAAGCUAAUUAGGUCGUACAAGCAAGAUAAAAAUUGUGGAGACCCUAUAAAGGUUACAAUGGAUCCAAGCGGCACUUAUGUGGUCUGCUCAUUCUCUAACAAGUCCAUCUGCAUAUAUGACUUAUUCACGGGACAAAUGGUUGCAAGUGCCAUGGGACAUGCUGAAGUUGUAACUGGCAUCAUCUUCUUGCCCGAUUGCAAGCAUAUAGUUUCUGUAGAUGGUGAUGGUUGUGUUUUCCUGUGGAAAUUGCCUUCUUCUUUGUCUUCUAAAAUACUUAAGAAUAUAACGGGGAAAAGUAAUCCAUUGUCUCCAAGAAGCUUAGCUCAGCCAGCUACUUUUCGCCAUCUACCACCCUAUGAAGAGCAGUUUCAGCAAUCUAAAAUCAAUCCGGAGGAUGUCUGGUCAUUGAGGAACAACAACCAAAGUAGCGGGAGAAUGCCUUAUCCAGGAAGCAGUGGUAGGGAGGCUAAAGCUUUUAAAUUUAGUGUUUCAAGACUUCCAAAAUGGGCACAAACCAAAGUGACCGGCUCCAAUAUUGUCUGCGGGAGUGUAAACAAUACUUUAUCAGAGGCCUAUUCCCUAUCCCCAGAAGUCAUUAUGCCAGUUGGUCAUGCUUCUUCGUCACCAGAGUAUACAAAAACUCAAUGUCUUUCAAGGCCUGGAGGAACUUUCAGCAACUUUGCUUUGGACAACCGUUGGCUCUCUGUUUAUACUGUUUGCAUGGAUGCUUUGUCCUCCCCAGAGAUGCAAAGUUUAAUGGAUACAAAGAUGUCAGAGUUUUCCUCAAGUUUAAGACAAGAUGAGGCUGAGAUCGAAAAUGACCAAAGCUGUUUUGGGCGCCGUAGCCAUAUGAAACAAGAAGAGAGGGAUCUUUUCUCAGACCAACUUGCAGGUUGCAACAGUAAUAAUGGAUCAUGUUGCGAGUAUCCAGAACAAAUUUCUGGCAGCACAACAGAGCAGUUACAUACAGAUGAAUGUGAAAGUGAUUCAAAAGCUUCUACUGAGUCUAACUUACACAACAUGCAUCCCGAAGAAGAUAGUGAACUAUUCAAGCAACAUUUUGGCAGUUUAUCAAAUGCCAAAAAGAUGGAGGCACGAAAAUCACUAUUACAUAGGUACUCUGCAAGAUUUGUUGUGCAACAUCAUGGCCCUGGGGACUGCAAGAGGCUAUUUAGCACUCCUGUUAGAAAUAUAACUGAUAAAACCAGUAACUAUGAGGGAGACGCCACGAUUCGCAGUACGUUGGAAAAUGCAUCCUCUAGGAUGAUGGAAAAUGAAGUAAAAAAUUCUUUGGAACAGGACCUCAUGAAUUCGAGAAAAAUUUCAGCAAAUUCAGAAUGUGCAUUAGCUAGAUGCACAAUCAAAGAAAAUUUGGCUGAUGAUGAUAUGAGCAAGGACAGAGAUAAAAAAGAAAGUCUUCAUAAAAAGAGUAAACCGGAGGAAACCAUAAUUGCAUGCAAGAAUGCAUUAAAUAGAUUGGAUUCUGCAGCUGAGAGUGCUGUGCAGUUAUUUUCAAGAUUAGAAAUUAGUAGCUGUGGGGAUGAUAUUUUAGAAGGAGCUGGAACUCAGUUACAUGAUGAAGCAGCUGAGCUUCUUCCAUCAAUCAUUGAGAAAGUUAAUGCAGUUGCUAGAUUGGUUAGAAGUAGGAAGAGUGGUUUGUUUGAUUCAACUUUGCAUCAAUUGUAAGGAAAAUUUUUCUGAAGGCAAAUCAGAGAGGAUUGCCGAAACACCACAGAUACGAGCAUUCUUUAAUUAUAUUAAAUUCAUAUUGUCUCUGCUGAGAAGUGCAGGGGCUCUUAUUG